GUCGUCGCCAUCUGUCUCAUCCUCCAAGGCGCUCUUGUCGCUUUCUCCGUUCUUCUCAGUCCCUCCCUUCCUCCCUCUCCUCUCUUCUCCCGCGCUUGUCGUCCCCGCCCGGCCGACGAAGCGAGCGCCGCCAGCGUCGGAACCGUCCUCUUUCGCCCUGUCUGCUGGCACCACAACUCGCGCCUGGUCGCCUCAUUUUUCCCGCUCGUCCCCAGCGACAAAAAAUCUACACCAACGACUCCGCCCACCUUCGCCCGAGAGAACGGUCAAACGUCAGUCUUCCUCUCGCGUGCGUCUGCCUGCUUGCCUUCGCCACGCUGCUCCCAUCUUUCCCAUCGCAGACGGGCCCUCUCUCGCGCCCUCCUUUUCACUCCCUCUCCGUGCUCGACCAGCUGUCCUCGCCGCGUUUCCAACUUCGACGACCCGUUUUGCUCACUCUGCACGAGCGCGGCGACGCUCUGGGCGCUUCACGCAACUAGAUUUAAUCAUUUCCCCCCCUCUUUACUCGGGGUUCCUCGCAACGCAUCACGAGGGCUUUCGCAUUCACCAACGGGAGCGGUGAAAGGAAAAGAGAGAAGAGACAACCUUGUGGGACCUCGCCCUUGCCAGCUCACGUCCGUCUGACUCUUCCCUCGCCCUCGACCGUCUCGACGAAGGCAUAGUAGAUUUCCUUUCUUCUACUUCUUUCUUUCUUUCUCGCUGCCCUCCGUUUUACCUCACUCUGUCGUCGCCCGUGUGACCUGCAUUUCUUCGCUGCGCACGCUGGCUGGUUUUUUACUUUCGUGAUACGAUCCAGGGUGGAGACCACGCCAUUUACUUUGCCUACCACCCUUGCCUUGGGUGAUGCGCGACUAGGCGCUCUGCUCGCCGCCCGCCCGCCUGCACUCCAGCGAACGAAACGACCACACCAACACCAACACCUUCACCUGCACCCACAACGAGAACGACGCUGCAAUCUCGGCCGCUCUUCUGCCUUGGAACCAAAGCCUGUCCGCUGCUUUUCAGCAAGCUGCGUUUCAGCCCCAUUGGCCCCGACAAUAGCUCUCCCUCCCCCCGUCUUCUCCCUGUCCGACACGGCCCGGUCGAGCUCACAGGUCACUCGCCGCGGCUGCAAGCAGCACACGACACGGUACCACCCGGGAACCACCCAGCCGCAAGACGUCACUUGACAUCCUGUUCGACCACGGCUACGACGACGACGACGACGACUACGACUACUGCCAUCCUCAUGCCCUACAAACGAUAGACCAUCCCGACAUCCGUCCACCAUCACCACCACGGCCACCACCAUGAAUCCUGCCAACUUUCAGCAGGCUAUGAUGGCUGGUCAGCCCAUGCUGCAAGGCGGGAACUUUAACAAUACCAUUAGGUCGAGUCUGCUCACCCGCUUUCAGCAUCAGCAGCAGAAUAUGAAUGGGUGGCAGUCUUCGUUGCAGCCAAAUGAGCGAGUCAACCUGGUUCAGCAGCUAAGUACAUCGCUGGUCUUAGCGCAGCCCACGAUGGGCCAUGAUAAUGCCCUAAAGACGGCUCUCUCCAUAGAGGCCGCACGAUUCACGCAGAGUGGCAGCAAGGACCAGUACCUCGCAAACAUGAGGCACCAGCUGCAGAUGCUCCAGCAAAAAAGGAUGCAGCAGUCGCAGAACCCGGGCAUGGGCCAGAUGAGUAAUCCACAGGUCAACAUGCAAGCCAUGAUGGCCCAACCUAUGCAGCUCAAUCUGUCAAACCAGGGAAACCACCAGUUCAACCCGCAGCUCAGUCGUCAAAUGCAGGUCUCGCCGAUGCCCAUGAACGGCCAGGCGUCCCAAGGCAUGCAAAUGGGUGCCGUGCCGAACCAGAACCAAGCCAUGCAGAACCCUCAGCAGCAGCAGCAGCCAGGUGGCAACGCUGUAACGCCCUCUAUGAUCGAGCAGCAUCGGAUCAACAAGAUGGCACAACAACUGCUGCAGAAAGCCACGGAAGAGGACAAGCACCGGAUCAUGAAUCAGUUCUCCGCCCAGACGCCGCAGCAGCAGGCGCAGUUUCGACAGCGGUUCGGCGAUCCGAUCGGGGAGCACUACCGACGCAUGGCCAUGCAGUUGAUCAAGCAAGCGGCCAACAAGAUGCCCAACCAGACCGGUCAGAACGGCAUGCCAAACAACAUGAUGGGUCAGCAGGCGCCGAUGAUGCCGCAGCCUCAGAUGCAGCCGCAGAUGCAAAUGACGACCAACCAGCCGGACGGUUCGAUGGACUUCUCCCAGUUCAUGACGCAGAUGCAGCAGGACGCAAUUCGGUCCCAAGACUCUGGCCAGCUGGUCGUGCCGGCGAGCAACAACGCGAGCAUGAUGGGCCAGAACUUGAACGGGAUGCCAAUGGGCCUCAACGGUCAGAUGGGCACUCCGGCGAUGAACAACGUCAACCAGAUGCAGAACAUGAUGCAACAGCAGCGCCAGCAGCCGGCCAUGACUCCACAGCAGCAGCAGCAGGCCGCCGCACGUCUCCAGGCCCAGAUGCGGAAUCAGGCGCAGAACGGCCAGGCGUCCCAGCAAAACCAGAUGAGCCCGCAGGGCAAGAUGAACAAUCAAAGUCCCAUGCCACAGCAGAGACAACCGGGCAUGCAGCCUGGCCAUCAGCAGCAGCAGCCCGGUGCGACACCACAGCAGCAGCAGCGGCCGACGCCGGCGCAGACUCCCCAGAUGCCGCAGCAGCAAGGUCUGAAUCCUCAGAUGCUUCAGGAGAUGAUGCAGCAGGCCGCCCUGAACGGCCAACCUAAGCCUAUUCGACGGCCCCUUCCAAGCGGUCUUCCUUCCAACGUGCCGCAAGAACUGCGCACUCUCCUGCAGACGUGCGAUGACGACCACUACCGCAAGGUGAUGGAGUAUCUACGGAAGCAGAUUGGCCCCCAGCUGCAGAACUCCUUGGGACCCAUGCAACCCAACCAGAUGGGCCAGCAGCCUGGCCAGCAAAAUCCUAUGCUGAACAUUGGCCAGAACGGCCAGAUGAACCAGGCGCAGCUCGCUCAGCUUCGCAUGGCCGCCGCGCAGAGGGCGAAUCAGGCACAGGCCCAAGGACAGCUUCUCGGCCAGAUGCCGCCGGCCGGACAGGGCCCGCCUCUCGUCCCCGAGAUCAUUCAGAAGAUGGACUCGCAGCCCUUCCCAAGGACGAUCCUGGCCGCGAACCAUGCGCAGAUGGUGCCGGCGCACGUCACGACGUUUGGGCAGCUGAAGGAAUUCAUCAUGAGCAACCCGGCCAUGGCUGGUCAGCUGACUCCCAUGAAAUUGAGCAAGUACCAGAUGGACAUCUUCACACGCAGGCAAGGCGGCCCGAUGAACGCCAACGUCCAGCAGAUCGGCCUCUCACUCGGCAACGGCCAAUCUGGUGGCGCACCCGGACCCGCACCCACCGCAAACAUGGUGGCGCCAGGCGGUCUCAACACCAUAGGGCAGCAGGGCCCUCAGGCGAACCUACAGCUGAUGCACCAGUUGCGGAACAUCACGGUGACUCCUCAAGAGAUCAUGCAAGUACGACAGAAGAUGAUGGUCUCUCCGCAAACGUCGGACGACGAGAUAAGCUCGAAGAUUAUCGAGAUGAAACGGAACAAGCUCUUGCAGAACUUCCAUCAGCAGGCACAAAUGUUGCAGAUGCAGAAUCAACAGCCAGGCGCCGCCGCCGCCGUUGCCGCUGCUGCUGCCGCUGCCGCUAGCAGCAACGCGAUGCAACAGCAGAAUCAACGCAUGUCACAGCUGUCGAUGCCGCAGCCACCCCAGCGCCAACAGGGUCCCGUACCGGGCCAGCAGACGCCGCAGAUGACGAUGCCGACGCCGACUCAGCAGAACAAACAGCCAACUCCCCGGCCCGUGCAGCAGACUGGCACGAAGACUCCGCAGCAGCAGUCGCAGGCAAAGACGCUCAAAAGACCGGCGCCUGAAGACGUCGUGGAGAUCUCGGACGUUGGUCAGACCGCUCAACCGUCUGGCCCCGGAGCGAACAAGUCCGCACCACGAAUACCUCCUACAGGCACCGCGCCGGCACCUCAGGCGACGGACCCUUCGACGCAAGACCUUGAGCAGCGCUUCGGAGCCAUCCUGACGGAAGUCAAGUCGAAGCAUAAACCGCGAGCGCCCCUGGCGCUGACGCCUGAGGAACGCGAGCAGCUGCAGCGCAAAGUCGAAGAGUACAAGCAGGUCAUCCUGCGAGUGGGGUACUUGAUUCGCAUGUACUUCCUGCUCUCACGGCAUGAGCAGCGGACCAAGCAGUUCCUCCAGGCAUACUGUCAUCUGGCUGACAACGUCAACGUGAAGGAGGGCACGCUGCUCGGCACGCCAACGUUUCGCGCCGACGAGUUUGAAGCUUUCAUCCGAAUUUUCAAGAGCCUCCAGGACUCCAUGUCGAAAGUCAAGAUGAAGGAAGACCCGAAUUCGAGCGGCCAGAAGCCGCAAAACGGCCAGGCGAACGGCCCGCAGCAACUCAAUGCGGCAAAUCUGGACCAGCAUAACACCAAUCUUCGGCAGCAGGCCGCUGCUCAGGGCCAUCGGCGUUCGAGCUCAAAGAUGCAGGUGCCACAGGCGCCGACCGCGGGUCCAGGACAGCACCCGUUCGACUUCAGCACGCCACCCCCUCACGGCGUGCCCAAGUACGGCGAGGGGGCGGGCAAUCUCACAGCCGACAAGCUCAACCUGCCGCGCAAGAAGCAGAAGAAGGACGGUCAGGCCCCAAGCAAUGCCGGAACACCGGCCCAACCGGGCACCGGCAUGACAGUCUCACCUCAGAUCGGCAAGGCGCAGUCACCUCCGAACAAGAGGUUGUCCGUCGCAGAGGCUUCGCUGAUGCCGCAGCCGCCAAAGAACCCGUGCAGAGACCCGAUGUGCGAGUACAGUCAGAAGGGCUUUGAAACGCAAGCGGAGCUUGAGGCGCAUAUGCAGCAGGUCCACGCGCCUCCGGCUGAUCCGCUCAAGUUCGCGAUGGAGACGCUCGCCACGACGGUCGGGCUGAAGCCUGACGGCUCGGCCAAGAUCGAGCCCGAAUCGAAGGCUGACCAGGACGGUAGCGGAAAGUCGCUGGCCCAGGUCAAGCCUGGCACGACUCCGCCGUCAGGCACCACGCCUCUGCCCACCAAGUCCCAUCUGAAGAGUUCACCGGCCAUGGAUCGACUCAAGACACCUCUGCUGCACGGCAAGUCGCCAGCGCCAACCAGCGCCGGUACCGUAACGGACAAGCCGCACAAACCCGAUCUGUCUGCCGUCAAGACGGGCAUACCUGCUGGCGACGCCACAAUGAUGGAUUUGCUCAGCGUCGACCCCUGGAAGGACUCUAGCCUGCAGCCGUACGACUUUCAGGAGAGUUUCAAGAAUCUCGACACCUUCACGGGCGACUGGGGCAACGACCAGGCACUGCGAUCGCCGCAGCUGACCCCUGCAACAACACCGGACACAAACGUCACGGACAAGACGGCGUCGACCCGCGAGAGUGAAGUUCUGGAUGGCGACGGCCUCAAGAUGACACUCGCCGUCAACAGCCUGACUACCGAUCCCAAGAAUGAGAACUUCACCGUCUGGAAGGAGGUAGAAAACUGGGAGCCGGGCAUCGUGGAUCCGGAUCUGGCCAACGAUCUAGCCGCGGUGGGAAUUGACGAGAGCAUGGUGCUACGCCUGGAUGACACGACAGACAUCAACGAUUGGGAGGCCCUUUUCGGCCCGGGCUCGAACAUCGAUGGGAACAAAGUCCCAGGUUGGGACAACGUCACGAAUGAGUUGGUCAUAUAGAAGAGCGAGGGAACGGCGGGGGGUGAAGACAUAGUUUGGCCUGCGCGCGCCCCCCC